AUCGCGUGAUCACGCUCCCGGAAAAAGCUAGUUUCAUUAGCUCUAUUCCGGGGCAUUUGGGCACAGUCAAGCCACCUGUUGGACUAUUUUGGGUAUCCGGUAGAUUUUAGUAUUUAAUUUUUUACGUAGUUAUUCUAUGUGAAAUGGAGUCGGUGAUAAGACGUUACAAACCCUCUGACAGAGCGGCGGUUUUAACCCUUUUUCGCAAUGGGAUUUCGGAGCACAUACAUCCAGCGUUCUUCAAGGCUAUGUGUCACCCUGACAAUGUGGCUCUGACUACAAUAAUCUCCGUUACUAUCUACCUGCUGGGCGGAUGCACCUGUAGCUUGGCCUUAAUGUCCGGCUUAGCCUGGGUAGGGAUCGUGUACUACUGCUGCUAUGAGAUCUACGCCGGCUAUGUCGAAGAGAAGCUACAAACUGACAUGCGGGAUAUCCAGGCUAGCUUUCUCGACAGCCCCGAUAACUGCUUUUGGGUCGCAGAGGGCACAGUCGACGGAGAGGCUGGGAUUUUUGGCAUGGUUGCCGCAGUGAGGAAGGCGCAUGAUGGCGAGGAUGAGGAGCAAGAGCGCUGUGGCGAGAUUUUCCGCAUGAUCGUCUCAUCGUCUUGUCGCCGUAGUGGCCUUGGUACCCGACUGACUCGGACUGCUAUCGAAUUCUGCCGGGAACGGAAGUAUUCAAGAGUAGUUCUGGGGACCAGCUCCAUCCAGACGGCAGCUAUAGCGCUCUAUCUGAGACUUGGCUUCAAGCACACGCACACAGACACGUUGUCACACCGUCCUCACUGGCACACGUGGGUCACGAAAAUCAUUUUCCUGCAGAUGGAAAUGCUGCUGUGACACGGAGGUCACAAGCCCCGAACGCCUGACUCCUGUGUACCCUGCUGUCUUCCCAACUCUCAACACUGUUAUGUUUAAUGCACAUUCUCUCCACUACUGUGAAGAUGCUGUUCCACUCUGUCCUUUUAUAAAUAGUGCAAUUUAAUUGACAGAAUUACUUUACCACAUGACAGUUAUCAUUCCCAAAAUAUACCAUGUGUACAGCUUCAGAUGAAAUAAUUAAAUUUAAAUAUCCUUGGCCAGUUGGAGGGUUAAGAUAGAGAGGAUUUGCCCAGAUGCGCGAAAGCCACAAUGUGGUUUUGUGUGGUUUCUUUGAACUGUGGGUCUCAUUUGUUGGGGUUUUAUUAAUUGUAUUGUAAAUUAAUUAUUAAUUAAUUAUAAAUUAAAACUUUACUUAAGUUUUUAAUUAUAAAUGUUUGGGACCUCAAAAAGUAUAUCAAUCCUGUUGGGAAAGAAGCAUAAUGUGGACAUUUUUAGCUAAAGUGAGCGUUUGAUGAAAAUACAAUUGACCUGCAGUUUGCAAAGUUAUCAGUUGUUCAAGGAGGCAUUGUUGUGCUUCAAGCAUAUUUUAAUAUUAUAAAAUAUUAAUUAAUUGGACAUCUAUUAAUGAUGUUAAGUUUGACCACAGCCAACUAUGGACAAUGUGGCAAAAAUUAGGAAAAAUAGGUAUUAAUACUUGGUCAGCAUGCAGGAGUUGUACUUACUCCAUUGCUGGAAAGAUAAAAUAAUGGCUGUGAUAUGACUGAUGUGAAAAGUCGGUCUCUUAAAGGAACAGUUACCUGAAUAUGACAGGGUGGACAGCAAGUACAAGAACACACAAAAAAGUUUAAUAUUGAGAUGACAGAAAUGCAAGUAUCAUGUCACAGACUUGAACCCUGUACUGAGAAUGACCUGCAUGUUUAUUUAUGUAUGAAAUCAGGUGAAAGAAAAAGUUACGCCACGUUUUUAGAACAUCAAAGUGCUUCUGAAUGGUGCAAAUAUCCCAUGAAUGCAAAAGUCCAUGGCUAUUUUUCUUGUGCAGAUAUUGACAUCAGUCAGGCACAAGUUUUUGUCAGUUGUGUUAGGGAUAGCAAUUGCUGUGUCAGAGGAAAUAGGGCCACCAACUAAGAGGGUAUAUUUGCUGGAAAUGUUUAUUUAAAAUGGCAGCAAAACCACAGCUUGGAAAUCAGCUAGAUUUUUUUAAUAAACAUAUCCGAUCACUACCAUCUAAUUGGAAGCAGGCUAAAUUGUUUAAAUACUUCUGCUUCAUUUCAAUGUUCACUGGAAAUUACACUUAAAAAUGCUAGUGUAACGGGAUAGAUAAUAG